UUAUGCAUUAUGAAUAUGAUUUACAGAGUUAUUCCAAGAUAUCGGUGCGGAAUGGAUCGUUGGAAGGGAAGAGUCGCUCUCGUGACCGGGGCAUCAGCGGGGAUCGGCGCAGGGCUGUGCAGAGCCCUGGUGCAGCACGGCAUGACGGUGGUGGGCUGUGCCAGGAAUGUCGAUAGGAUUAAAGCUAUCGCGGAAGAAGAUGUUCUAAAAGACGCUCCAGGAAAGCUAGUAGCAAUCAAGUGCGACUUGACCAAAGAAUCUGAGAUCCUAUCGAUGUUCGACGAAAUCCGCCAGACAGUGGGUCGUCUGGACGUGUGCAUCAAUAAUGCCGGAAUCGGCUUCGAUGCCCCUCUGCUUACUGGAAGUACAUCGGAUUUCAGAAAUAUACUGGACGUGAAUGUUAUGGCUCUUUGUAUCUGUACCCAACAAGCAGUGAAACUGAUGCAAGAAAAAGGCAUAGACGAUGGACAAAUUAUACAUAUUAGCAGCAUUGUCGGACACAAACUACCGAAUCCCGGAAUGGGAGCCUUUUUCUACUGCGGCACCAAAUAUAUGGUGCGAGCUCUCACCGAAGGUCUCAGAAGGGAGCUGAAGACCACCAAGAGCCACAUUAGAGUAGGGUCUAUUUGUCCCGGUGUUGUAGAAACGGAAUUUUUCGCCAAUUACUCGAGGAUUCCGGUUGCAGAUGCUGCGGCUUUCUUUAAAUCAUUUGAACCGCUGCGAUCUAAAGACAUCGCCGAUAGUGUUCUCUAUAUCCUGAGUGCACCACCCCAUGUAGAAGUGCACGACAUUCUUGUUCAGCCAAUAGACCAUUCCAUUUAUAAAGAGCCACAGAUGCUUACAAAAAUAAACAGGCAACAAAUUAAAGACUGCCUGCGAAAUGAACUCGCACGUUCAAGAGAAGAAUUUUGCUUACAGAGUGAUUCCGAACUCAUGGCACAAACCUUAAGAGAUAGAUCAGGACAAUCUAUCAAUUAUUUAUUGUGUAGGGAUGUAAGUCUCUGGACGAAUGAACGUCCAGGCGACCGUAAGACUUUCGGUCGCCUGGACGUUCUUAUCAACAACGCAGGACUGAGUCACAAUUCUCCACUUCUCAGCGGUACCACUGCAGAAUUUAAGAAUAUGCUAGAUGUUAAUGUAUUGGCUCUAUGCAUUUGCACCCGGGAAGCUGUAAAACUAAUGACAGAAAAGAGAAUAGAUGAUGGGCAGAUCAUUAACAUCAGCAGCAUGUCAGGCCACCGCUUGAGCAGUACAGCGCAACCCGGUAUUCAUUUUUAUACUGGUACUAAAUUCAUGGUUCGAGCUCUCACUGAAGGUCUGCGCAGAGAACUUAAAGCACUCAACAGCCACAUCCGGAUUGGAAGUGUCAGUCCUGGAUUAGUGGAGACGGAAGCUAUAGACAUCUUUCGAAGUAAAGAUCCUGUUGAGAAAGCUGCCGAUGCCAUCAGUGCCAUGAAAAUCCUACAGGUCCAGGACAUCGCCGAGAGUGUCCUGCACAUCUUGAGAUCUCCUCAACACGUAGAGAUGGAACCUUGGAGCGGAAGAGUUGCUCUUGUUACCGGGGCUUCUUCGGCCAUUGGGGCGGAGCUGUGCAGAACUUUGGUGCACCAUGGAAUGAUAGUGGUGGGAAUUGCAAGACGAGCGGACAGAAUACAGGCCAUUGCUGAAGAGGACAGAGUCAAAAAGGCCCCCGGAAAAUUGGUGGCUAUUAAAUGUGACGUUACUCAAGAAUCUGAAAUCUUGUCCGUGUUUGAUGAAAUCCGCAAGACUUUCGGCCGCCUGGACGUCUGCAUCAACAACGCCGGACCAAGUUACAAUUCUCCACUUUUCAGUGGCACCACUGCAGAAUUUAAGAAUAUGCUAGAUGUGAACGUAUUGGCUCUAUGCAUUUGCACGCGGGAAGCUGUGAAACUAAUGACCGAAAAGGGAAUAGAUGAUGGGCAGAUCAUCAACAUCAGCAGCAUGUCAGGUCACCGUUUGAACAGCACGGAGCAGUCUGGUAUUCAUUUUUAUACUGACACUAAAUUCAUGGUCCGAGCUCUCACCGAAGGUCUGCGCAGAGAACUUAAAGCACUCAACAGCCACAUUCGGAUAGGAAGUGUCAGUCCUGGAUUAGUGGAGACAGAGGGUUUAGACGUCUUUCGAAGUAAAGAUCCUGCUGCGAAAGCUUCUGACGCCCUCAGUGCGAUGACAAUCCUACAAGUCCAGGACAUUGCCGAGAGUGUUCUGUACAUCCUGAGGUCUCAACAUGUAGAGGUGCAUGACAUCCUGAUGCGAUGCUAUGACCAAACAAAACUCAAAAUGGAACGUUGGAACGGUCGCGUUGCUCUUGUGACGGGGGCGUCGGUGGGCAUAGGAGCGGCUAUAUGCAGGGCACUGGUGCAGCAUGGCAUAGUAGUGAUUGGAUGCGCCAGAAAUGUGGAAAAGAUCAAGGCGAUAGCAGAAGAGGAUGCCGUUAAGGCUUCGCCUGGAAGGCUGGUAGCCAUCAAAUGCGAUGUGACUCAAGAGUCUGAGAUUCUGUCGAUGUUCGACCAGAUCCGCAGGACAUUCGGCCGUCUGGACAUUUGCAUCAACAAUGCCGGACUGAGUCAUGACGCACCUCUGCUCACCGGUGCCACUGAACAGUGGAAAGAUAUGCUCGAUGUGAACGUAAUGGCUCUUUGCAUCUGCACACAGGAGGCUGUAAAAUUGAUGCGUGAAAUCGGCAUACAUGAUGGGCAAAUCAUCCAUAUCAGCAGCAUUGGGGGACAUCGUCAAACAUCUCAGGGAAUGCCGGGGCUCCAUUUCUACUGUGGAACAAAAUUCAUGGUGAGAGCGCUUACUGAGGGACUCCGGAGAGAGCUCAAAGCCCUCAACAGUCACAUCAGAAUAGCGAGCCUAAGUCCUGGUGUGGUAGAAACUGAAUUCUUCGAGCGCUAUCUCAAGAAUGAUCUGACACGCAAGGCAUCGGACGUCUUCAAAUCCAUGAAGGCCCUUGAGGCUAAAGACAUAGCAGACAGCAUCCUGUAUAUUCUGAAGACACCAUCGCACGUAGAAGUACACGACAUCAUUCUCAGACCUUAUGAUCAAGCUAUGUGAGAAAUUCUCCGAAACUUUUGCUAUAAAGAAAAUUGAAAAUUAUGCUUAAAAUAAAAUGAUGCAUUUUCAUUCUUAGAGAAAUUUGCUGUUGCAAUGCUU